AUGAGGCUCUCCGCCCUGUUUGCCGGCCUGGCCUGCGCCAGCCUCGCCGCCGCGGCCGAGCACACGGCCGCCAUCUACAUCCAACCGGUGCUGUCGGGCGCCGGCGCGCCGGCGCUGCUGGCCGAGGUGACGUACGACCCGUUCCUGCCGGGCGAGGCCGUGGUGUCGUCGUUCGAGUUCCCGGAGCUGCCGGAGGACGCGCAGACGGUGCGGGUCGGCGUGCGCCAGGGCGGCGCGUGGGUGUCGUCGACGUCGAUCGCCUCGGCGCGCAACUUCGCCAAGGGCUACAAGCCGCACCUCCUGCUCACGACGGACGAGGCCGGCGACGUCGUCAGCGCCGGCGUCCGCGGCGUGCGCAUCGACGCCGGUCAGACCCGCGACUUUGGCCCCAAGGCCGUCGUCACCACCGUCGCCCGCGGCGAGCAGGUCCAGCUCGGCAAGCCCGUGGUGCUGAGCCCCGAGGGCAAGAAGACGGCGGCGGGCGAGCCCGAGGAGAAGACGCUGCUUCAGAAGUACUGGUGGGUGAUCGGCAUCGUGCUCCUACUUACAGUGACUGGCGGAGGAGGGGACGGCAAAUAG